AUGCGCAGGAGCCCCGAGCCCAAGCAUGGCAGCUCCUGGCCCUGCCGCAGGCAGAAGCUGAAGCUCUUGUGCAGCGCACCCCAGCCCGCCCGGCCCUCUGCCGCCGUGCUCGCCCACGCCCAUCAGCAGCCGCCGCUGCUGGCAUGCCCUAACCUGGCGCCGCAGCACCUGGCAAGCGCCCGCCUGCAUCCCGCCCACCGGGAGUGGCGGCCCAGCAGCCCCGGGGCGGCACAGAGACCACAACUGAUCAGCCCCCAUUCUGUGGGGAAGGAAGCCAUUUUGAGCCCACUCCUGUCCCGGGAGGAAGCCAGGUCACAGAGUUUCCAUGCAGGAGCCAUCCCAUCAGGAGACACUCCCCGGGAGACGCUCUCCCGGCUGAGCUUGGCAGCUCGGCAGUGGCUGCGUCCCCAGGAGUACAGCAAGGAGCAGAUUGUGGACCUGGUCAUCUUGGAGCAGUUCCUGUUUGUGCUGCCGACAGACAUGGGGGCUUGGGUCAGAGCCAAAGAGCCGGACAGCAGCAAGGAGGCCGCUCAGCUGGCUGAGGCCUACCUGCAGGAGCAAGAAGCUGCCAAGCCAGCUCAGCUGCCAAUUACCUUUGAGGAUGUGACUGUAACUUUCACUGAGAAAGAGUGGGCACUUCUGGAUGCCAAAGAAAAGGCUCUUUACUGGGAAAUCAUGCAGGACAAUUAUGACAAUGUGGCCUCUCUGGCAGAGAAUAGCCCAGCUAAAGCAGAGAAUAGCCUGGUUAGAGAGAAUCCAAAGAAUAACUCCCAGCUUAAAGACCCUGAGCUAGCAGAGAAGCAAAGUAUGCUCUGUGGCUUGUCAGACGGGAGCCCCAGGAAAGCAGAAGCCGGGGGCAGUCGGUGGAUGACACAGGCUCUUGAGAGCUUCCCACUGCAGCAAGACAAGAUGCUUUUUGACUCAGGGAAGCUUUUCAAGGAGCCGCCCCAGGUUGUGGCUGCUCUGAAAGAUGACCUCCAGGAGGCCCACAUCUGCACCGAAUGCGGGAAAAGCUGCCGCUCGUUCACUGCUCUGACGAAGCAUCACAGGGCCCACAAGGUGGAAAAAUGCUACAAGUGCUCUGUCUGUGAAAAGAGGUUCAACCGGAGCUCUAAUCUCAUUGUUCAUCAGAGGAUCCACACUGGACUGAAACCGUUCCAGUGCGCCGAUUGCGAGAAAAGCUUCAAUAACAAGUCGACCCUUAUUAAACACCAGAGAACCCACACUGGGGAGAAACCCUACGUGUGCCUUGACUGCGGCAAAGGCUUCACCCAAAGCUCCAACCUGAUUAAGCAUCAGAGGAUUCACACUGGGGUGAAGCCAUACAAGUGUCCUGAUUGCGACAGAAGCUUCACUCAGAGUUCGCAUUUCAUUGACCAUCAGAGAAUCCACACGGGCGAGAGACCCUACAAAUGCCCUGACUGCGGGAAGGGCUUCAGCCUGUGCUCCAGUCUCAUCAUACAUCACAGAAUCCAUACUGGGGAGAAACCUUUUGAAUGUCCUGUCUGUGAAAAAAGUUUCAGUAGCAGAUCAACUCUUAUUAACCACAGACGGAUCCACACUAGAGACAAACCUUAUGAAUGUGCUGACUGA